AUGCAGUUAACUGUUUCCUACCUCGCAAGAAUUGCUGUGACAGUAGCAUCUGUCCAUGGCGCUCUCACUCCUGUCACGGAUUUUGGGACCAACCCGACAAACCUCCAGAUGAACAUCAACGUCCCAGCCAAGCUCGCACCAAAGCCCGCGAUCAUCCUUGCUCUGCAUGGUUGCUUCGGCACCGGCGAAGCCUACGCAGCUGAGACAACCUACAACACCCUCUCAGAACAGAAAGGCUUCAUAACCAUAUUCCCCUCUUCCAAACGCGACUCCAACUGCUGGGAAGUCAACACAGCAAAAGGUUUAUCCCGCAACGCAGGAGGUGACAACCAAGGUCUUGUCUCAAUGGUGAAUUACACGAUCGCCAAGUACUCAGCCGAUCCUGCGAAGGUGUUCGUCACGGGCUCCAGCUCAGGUUGCAUGAUGACCAACGUACUCAUGGCAACCUACCCAGAUGUGUUUGCGGCGGCGACUUGCUACUCCGGCGUGGCUGCUGGCUGCGUGGCUGGUAGCCCUGGCGCGAGUCCAAUCUCCUCAGAUCCGACGUGCGCAAACGGGCUGAACAUAAAGACGCAGGCUGAGUGGGUCCGCAUCGCGAAAGCAAUGUAUCCGCGGUAUACAGGCAAAUACCCGAAGUUGGCGACGUGGCAUGGGACGAACGAUACGCUUGUUAAGUUGCCGAAUCUGGGAGAGCAGUUGAAGCAAUGGUCGGGUGUGCAGGGAGUUAAAUUUGCGAGGAAUGUCACGAACACGCCAGAAACGGGAUAUACAAAGAUUGUGUAUGGAGACGGCACGAAGCUGGUAGGGUAUGAGGCGAAGGGCGUAGGACACACGGUACCAGUGCAUGAGGAGGAGGAUUUGACGUGGUUUGGGAUCUAA